AUGUCAUCAUCACCGUUGAAACCUUCUUUUGCCAUCUCUGCAGCUCCUCCCAAGGACUCCCCUUCUAUCGAAAUCGUCGUCAAAGCCCUCAAUCUUAUCCCCCAUACUGAAGGCGGCUACUACACGGAGACUGACCCCUCUAGAGAGAGCAUUCUCUCCCCCUUUCUCCUUCUCCACAACCACUGGCCACGUGCCCAUAAGACCAGGAUUCGAUCUCCUCCUUCGCAUCCUCUCAACCCCCAUCUGCUACCGGUAUCUCUUCUCACGCCCGCUAAAUCCCAAGGUGGUUUCCAUCAGAAUUCCGCAAGAACAGUGACCAUUCAUCGAGGCCAUGGACGCCACGUUAUCAUCUAG